GUGGCAAUUAAUCGCUGAUUAUUCUCUACUAAUCACAAAGAUAUCGGCACCCUCUACCUAAUCUUUGGUGCCUGAGCAGGUAUAGUCGGAACUGGCUUAAGUCUUUUAAUUCGAGCAGAAUUGAGCCAGCCCGGAUCACUUCUAGGUGAUGAUCAGAUUUAUAAUGUCCUUGUUACAGCCCAUGCCUUUGUAAUAAUCUUUUUUAUGGUCAUACCAAUUAUAAUCGGAGGGUUCGGCAAUUGACUUGUCCCUUUAAUGAUUGGCUCUCCAGACAUAGCCUUCCCACGCAUAAAUAAUAUGAGCUUUUGACUUUUACCACCCUCAUUUCUUCUUCUCCUAGCCUCCGCUGGAGUUGAAGCCGGGGCGGGAACAGGUUGAACUGUCUACCCCCCUCUAGCAGGCAAUCUAGCCCACGCGGGGGCCUCCGUAGACUUAACAAUUUUCUCUCUCCAUUUAGCAGGGAUUUCUUCCAUCCUGGCCUCCAUUAACUUCAUCACCACAAUUAUUAACAUAAAACCCCCCGCAAUCUCUCAAUACCAAACACCUUUAUUCGUAUGAUCGAUCCUUGUUACAACUGUCUUACUUCUUAUGGCCCUCCCAGUUCUAGCAGCUGGCAUUACCAUACUUCUCACAGAUCGUAACCUCAAUACAACUUUCUUUGACCCAGCAGGAGGAGGGGACCCUAUUCUUUACCAACACCUAUUCUGAUUUUUUGGUCACCCUGAAGUAUAUAUUUUAAUUUUACCAGGAUUUGGAAUAAUCUCCCAUGUAGUUGCUUAUUACUCAGGUAAAAAAGAACCAUUCGGCUAUAUAGGUAUAGUCUGAGCAAUAAUAGCCAUCGGCCUUUUAGGAUUUAUCGUCUGAGCACAUCACAUAUUCACAGUGGGAAUAGAUGUUGACACACGAGCAUACUUCACAUCAGCCACAAUAAUUAUUGCCAUUCCAACAGGAGUUAAAGUCUUUAGUUGACUAGCCACCCUCCACGGCGGCUCCAUUAAAUGAGAAACACCACUACUUUGAGCAUUAGGCUUCAUCUUCCUUUUUACAGUUGGAGGACUGACAGGAAUCGUCUUAGCCAAUUCUUCACUUGACAUCGUUCUCCAUGAUACUUACUAUGUUGUAGCCCAUUUCCAUUAUGUUCUCUCAAUGGGGGCAGUAUUUGCUAUUAUAGCAGGCUUUGUCCACUGAUUCCCAUUAUUUACAGGUUAUACACUUCACUCCACAUGAGCAAAAAUUCAAUUUUCAAUUAUAUUUAUCGGAGUAAACCUAACCUUCUUCCCCCAACAUUUUCUAGGAUUAGCAGGCAUACCACGACGCUACUCAGAUUAUCCAGAUGCUUAUACCCUCUGAAAUGUGGUAUCCUCUAUUGGAUCCUUAAUCUCACUAGUAGCCGUUAUCAUUUUAUUAUUUAUUAUUUGAGAAGCAUUUGCCUCAAAACGUGAAGUCUUAUCCAUCGAACUCUCUAAUACUAAUGUGGAGUGACUUCAUGGUUGCCCUCCCCCAUACCACACCUACGAAGAGCCAGCUUUCGUUCAAGUCCAACAGCCCGCUUAUUAA